AUGUUCCGAGUCCAGGGCGGACACAUGCAGGGCAGCCAGUCAUCCCGCUCAGGCAGCGGCGACUCGAGCUCGCUACCUGACACGACAUCUGGACCUAAGGUCGAUAACAGCCGCCAGCCAACAAUCCAUUAUGAUGUCGUUGCAUUUCCAAUCACGAUCUACUACAACCGGGAAGGGGAUCAUGACCACAACGGCAUGAUAUUCGCGCUGUACGACAACCUCCUAAUACUGAAAUACAUACGGGCAUUGGCGCGGGUGGGACAGCCGCGAACAGACGGUUCCCCUGACGACCUGCUGGAGGAUCUGUCCGCAAAGGCCUAUGAACGCGCCGGAAAGAUCGGAGUCGAGCUACCUGUGACGCCUCAGCAAGCCAAGCAACCGCAUCCGCUGGUGCGGCCGUUGGUGCUGAGGGCGCGUCAGGGCGAGAAGAUGACGGUCACGUUACACAAUUGCAUCCGAGACCGAGCAGUUGGCCUGCACCUCGUGGCCGGUGGAUACGAUGUGGUCACUGCAGACGGCUCGGACGUCGCUUCCAAUCCCUCAAGCUUGGCUCCACCCGGGGGCACAUGGGAGUACAUCUGGUCCUGUGAUCACGAAGGGGUUUUCCCAUUCCAUGACGGCGGCAACUACUCGGGCGACGAGAAUGGGACCAACGUGCACGGCUUGUUUGGUGCACUUGUUGUUGAGCCACCGGGCACGACGUGGCGGGAUCCCACAACCGGCCUCGCUUCACACGGGCCAGAUGGAAGCGGGCGCUUUGAGCAACUCGAUGGACUCUAUCUUGACGUGCUCCCUGCUGGACAGAGCCCGAGAGAUAUGCCUGAGUCGGACACGUCAUUGGCCGACUAUGAGUGGCCCCCGCCGCGGGAGUAUGUCUGCUUUGAAAAGGAGGCCCACCGCGAGUUUGUAGUCUUCUUCCACGACGAGCCUGAGUUUGUGCCCGCGCACGGCGCGCUAGAGCCGAGUCCCUGCGAUGCGCACGGCAACGAUCACCGAGACAUCGCCCACGGUGACGGUGGUGGCGGGCACGACAAUCUACCGAUCAUGCCCAUUUCAUACCGCGCCGAACCCAUGAUCAAUCGCGAGAGGACUCUGUGGCGGCUGCUUCGGACAGGACACCUUCUGGAGCGUCCAGUGCUCAACGAGGAGCAACACCACAGUUCGUGGAUGUUUGGCGACCCUGUUACUCCCAUUCUUCGCGCGUAUAUUGGUGAUCCGGUCCGCAUCCGCCUGGUCCACGCCGCAGUCAAAGAGACGCAUGUCUUUCAUCUGCACCUCUACGAAUGGCAUGCGGUGCCACAGGAUGCUCAAUCGCCGCGCAUUGAUGCUAUCUCCAUCAGCCCGCAGACUGGGCAUACGAUUGAACCUCUCUGGGGCGCCGGGAACCGUCACCAGGUUGCUGGCGACGUGAUCUGGCACUGUCAUUUGUACCCGCACUUUCAUGAGGGUAUGUGGGGUAUGUUUCGUACAUUCGAAACUCGCCAGUACGGCCAGGAUGGUCAGCACCUGCAGAGCGACGACCCCGUAUACGCUGGCCGUCGGAUCGGGCGCUAUCCAGACAACACGCGCAUUGACGCGCUUCUUCCUCUGCAGGGACGCAAGCCUCCACCUGCCCCUACCCCUGAUCAACCCGGCUAUCCGCUAUACAUCCCCGGGACCGUGCGACAGAAAUCGCCGAGGCCGCCCUGGCCUGAUCGCGAAUUCAAACAGGAAGAAAAGCUCGGUAAUGAUCGACCCGGCCAGCAGUUUGAGCUGCCCUGCCACGUCACGUCUCUUUUAGGGGCCGACAUGCCGCCGGACUUUGACUACCGCCCAUUUCCGACAGCACUUGAGAGGAAGGCAUUUAACGAGUUUCCGGUGCCAGGUGAACUGUUUACCCGGAACCGCCUGGCUAAGCAGCAACAGCAGGAGUGGGUCGACGACUUUCGCUUCAGGAGGAACACGUCCGCCCAGGUGUGCCACGAUGUUGUUGUUGCGCAGCGGCGUAUCGACUACAACAGCCACGGAUGGCACGACAAGCACGGCCAUCUCUACUAUCUGCCCACCGAAGGGGACCCGGGCGACCGGCCUGGCCCUAUUGAGCCACUCUUCUUCCGCGCGCAGCACGGCCAGAUCCUCAAUCUCACAUUGCGCAACGACACGCCGGAACGGAUCGAGGAGACGGAGUUUGACCACGCAUUCCCGCCCUGUGAGGCGCUGCCAUGGGAGGGUGAGUGCUCUCUCCACGUCCACAUGGUCAAAUUCGAUCCUAUCUGCGCCGACGGUGCGAGUGUGGGCUGGAACUACAUGAGCGGAGCCAGGCACGGCCGCAAGAUGGUGUACCGUUGGUGGGCGGAUCAGGAAAACACGGGCUCUUUGGUGGCCUCCUCGUUGAACCCGCCGGCUCGAGCUUCCUCCACCACAUUGAGCCCGGUCGCCAAGCGCCACCCCAACGACAGCCGCGAGCCACCAUGGUUCCGUGAGUUCUGCAUCGGGAUCGCUGACUUUAUCCCCGCGUGGGACCGGCGCCAUCGUGCACUCAACCCUCCCGCCCAGCCCGGUGGGCACGGCGACCAGGGCGUGAUGGGCCUGCACUAUCACACCACCGUCUUCAAAACCUACGCCGGGGACCCCAUCUGGAUCAGGCUUCUGCAGGGGUCCCACGAGGAGUCGCAUAGCUUCCAGAUUCACGCCCUGCGUUGGGUGCGCUUCCGCGAGCAGAUUGACUCCAUCAUCCGUAACCAACAGACGACCGGCAUCGCCGAAGCAUUUACCUUUAUCAACCAAGCGCCUCUUACUCCCGGCGACUACAUGUACAAGCUGUCUGGAGCUGACGACCUGUGGCUCGGCUGCUGGGGAUUGAUCCGCGCAUUUGACCGGCCUCCUGCCGGCUCCCACUUCGAUCUCGUCACACUCGCUUCCGUCUCCACAGAUGGACCAGGCCAGGAGCAGAUUGAGGAGUGCGCAGCCUCCUCUCAGCCGUCAGCCCCCGCGUCGAAAGAACGCCGGUUUCGCAUCCAAGCCAGACCCGCGAACCUGUUGUACCGAGACGACAUCAUCGACCCCCACGCACUUGUCUACGAGGUGGUCGACCACUUCACCUCGCAUUGCCCGGCCAUCGAUCUCAGCACGCCGGAACGCCUUGAACCCCUUGUGCUCUGGUGCCAAGAGGGCGACGAUGUUGUGGUCGAGCUUAAGAACUGCCUACCUAACAACCUUCGCGUCGAGCCCUUCGCGCCCGAGGUGCCCCUAGAACGACGCGAUCGACCCGUAUCCCGGCAUGUGUCACUGCAUGCCGACCUCGUCACAUACGACGUGAGAAUGCAUGACGGAGCCACCAUCGGAUUGAACCCACCUCAGACUGUGCCACCCGGCCAAGUGCGGGAGUACCGCUGGAAUACCAGCCGCCCUAGCAACAGCCCUGAUCCUCUCGGACCUAUCCUGCUUCAGGACAUGGCCGACUUCCGCAACCACCGCCACCACGGCCUCGUUGGUGCCCUCGUGGUGUUGCCCGCCGACGCUAUACCACACCCUGUUUUGCCCGGUGAGGCGACAGCCGAUCUGGACGUCGAGCGGUGGCACGGACCACGCAUGACCGUAACGCGCAAUGGCGACGACCCUACAGGAAUAGGCGGUAUAACCGAGGAGAUGGUGCUGCUGAUGCAGGAUGGUCUACGACUGUUUCUCAACGCCAACGGCAAGCCGGGCUUCCCGCUCCCCGACCCCCCCGCCGAAGAAGCCGGUGAGGCAGAGCACGAAGACCAAGGCCAGAAGGGUUUCAACUACCGCACAGAACCCAUUGGCCCGAUCUUUGACCCACGGGGCAGCGAUUACUCACUCAAUAAAGAACCGGCCACACCAAUCUGGCAGAUGCCCGCGAGACGCAAGGUGCGCCUCCACUUAGUCGGUGCGCUGGACAAACCGCGAGCCCAUAGCUUCACUGUCCACGGGGUUGUAUGGCCGGAGCACCGCUUCCGAUCGAAUGCUGGAAGGCAAACAGCACCAAUGGUCUCCUCUGAAUCCGCCAUCACAUGCGGCACGGUCAGGACGUUCGAGUUCACACCAACACACCAAGGCGACCAUGCCUACCGCAAUGGCGUGCUCAAAUGGGCAGUACCCCAAGGCAUGUGGGGAGUUCUUCGCAUCCGCCCGGCUGAGGACAACUCCGACCACGAGCCGCCCUGCGGCUCCACCGCCGAUGGGCCAGGAUCAUUCUCGUCGUCGUCAUCCUCGUCGUCGGACUCGGCGUCGGACUCGUGA